CAUUAAAAUAAAAAUUAGUUAAAUCUUGACCCUUCAUGGCUUUUAGCCUUUUACAGCAGAUUAAGCCGAUCCAUAUUAUACAUACGGGGAGUUAGAAAGCUCGGCAGCAAUGGAAUCGAAGGGGCUUCCUAGCAACCAUUCUAACGACAACAGAGAAAACAGGGCCAAGCGUAAAGAGAUUCUUGAGAAGAAGAAGGCGAUGGAUGAGCUUAUCAAAUCAGCCUAUGCUGAUAAAGACCCUCUUGCUUCUUUCCCAUCCUUUCGCCACUUGGACAGAAAUGGCCUAUCUAUAUACUUGAAAUCGGGGUGUGGUGAUAAGCUCUCCUCUCCUAUCAAGCAAUACAUGAUGGGGCUCCUUAAGGCCAAUAUGGAGGCGCCAUAUGGGUUUGAAUGGCCAACAGAGGAGAAGGUGAAGCGUAGCGAAAUGGUUGCACCGGAAGCACGAUAUAUAUUUGUGCAUGAGGCUCCAAGUGCAAGUACCAGUGAGAUCUUAACAAUGUCAAAAAGGAAAAGACCUACUAAUUGUGUAGAAGAUAGGGGACUCAUGGUUGGAUUUGUACACUACCGCUUUACUCUGGAGGAAAAGAUACCUGUUCUCUAUGUGUAUGAAUUACAGCUCGAGCCCCGUGUCCAAGCAAAAGGAUUGGGGAAUUUUCUAAUGCAACUAAUUGAGCUUAUUGCGCGCAAGGUGCUGAAACCACAUGAGUGCUGUGGUGCUGACUGUUCAAAAAGCAAAUUCUUUAGCUAUGAAUUUCUAUUUAAAUAAGCUAAGGAGCCAAGCUGAUCCUAGGGGCAAUAAAGGUCAUAACCAUCUCAUGACAGUCCAGUCACUUCUCUCUUAAACACAACAGACACUGCUCCAUAAGAAACAAACAAAGAGGAAACUUGAUGGUCAUCCUUUUUAAGGCUUACCUGCUUAUUUUUCAUUUUGAGGCAGUGUACCUAGAAACUGACAAAAAAAAAAAAAACCGGUGGUGUAGAUAUUUGAGACUGGACAAAGAAUUUGACCAUUUGGGUCAAAUCACAAGCUCCGUGUUUAGAAAUGCGGCAGUGCUUGCAGAGCAGGCAACUCACUAAAUUUAGACAUGAGGAUGCCACAUAUAAGUGUUUUCUGUGUACAUGGUUCACAGAUUUGUGCAGACAUUCACAAACAUGCAGAACACAAUCACUAUGUUUUCAGCUUUUGUGUCUCAAUUAGUUGGGAACUACCAUGAAUAUUUUCUUUAGUUUUCAACCUAUUGUAAUCAAAUAUGAUCAAUGCAAUGUUCAUUCCUAUGCAUGUCUGCAUCACACAUGAUCAAAGAAUGAAUUUUUAGCUAUAUAUUAUGUCCUUUAGCAAAGAAGUACAACGCACUUUCUCAUGCACUCAUGCACGUCUUAAUAUUAACAGGGGAAGAAAUAUUUCUAGCCUCGAAACUAUGGGAGACAUUUUACUUAUUCUACUUUUCCUUUAAUAAACGUUUUUAAAAAAGAAAGACAAGGUGAGGUAUUUAGUUGACCCCUCUGUCAAUAUCAACAAGUUUUGGGUAAUGCAUGCCACUGGUAUAGACAACUACUUGUACAUAGAAGAGGCCAUAGAGUUGGACUAACAUUUGAUAUUCGAAAGAAAAUUUGGUCAGUAAGAAUACAUGUUAUUAUUAAAGCCAACUUCUGUUUGCAGCACACAGAAAUCAUUUACUCAUCAUUCAAAAGUUAUUUUGUUGAUUUCAUUAUUUGCCUUUAUCCCACUGAUCUGUAAUCUAUCCUUGCCUUCUGCUUUACAUUUUGUUGCUAGA